UUUAUUUUUCGACCCAGUGCUUGUUCACGGGCUAAGGGCUGCCAACUUGCUAUCUCAAUGGAACGACGAGGGCUGCAUUUGCUUGUUAUUGUUUAGUUUUUUACUUUCAACCUAAGCGGAAUGAUUGAAGCGGCGUCGCUACAAAAUCAUCCAAAAGAAUCCAGGAACGAGAUCUUGGUGAAGAUCCUUAGCGGCGAGUACUGGUUGCUGCGAAGACAUGAGCGCAGCACCGUAUGGCAGGUCUACCGACAGAUCGUCCGCUCCGAUGGAACCAAGUUGCGGGAUUACUACCUUUGCACUGGCUGUAAGCGUCUCAUGACAUCCACCGAUACCUCCAGCCUGCGCUCCCACACCUGUCAUGUGAAGUACUUGCAACAGAGAGCCAGUGCCAGGGCGCAAGAUUUGGAACAAAAGGUCAGGAAGCAUUCCGGCCAUCACAUCCAUUGGUCCUACAGAGCAACCAAGACGCUGCUUGAGCUGUGGGAAAACAACAUAGAACAUUUGCAAAGUGGUCCCACGAGCCAGGCCCAAAUAUUACGUGAAAUCGCCAAAGAGAUGUAUCACUUGGGCUUGAAGCCGUCUGACAUUAAAAUCAAAAUGGAUAAUCUUAGGGAUCGUUAUAGCCGCGAAGCCGAACGGCAGAAAGUUUCCGGACGGCCGUCCAAGUGGCCACACUUUCAUGAACUCCAAAAGUUACUCAAUGCCUUGGAGGAAACUACUCCUUCCAGUAAUUCUGUAAAGGAAGAAAAUCGCUCCCCGGAUAUGGAAACAGAUGGGUCAAUAGCGGAGGAUGAGGUUCAAGAUGUUAUUGAAGCAUUGCCUUCUCUGGAAACCUACGAAGAGGAGCUCGAUCAACAGCACUCGCCACCCAAGCACAUGUAUGAGGCUGAGCGCGGGAAGGCUAAGCGGUUUAUGGCUAUCCGGGAGGAAAGACUGGCUUUAAAAAAGGAAAAUUUUAAGAAUUUUCAGUCUUUUAUGAAAGAAAUUAUGACGUAUAACAAAAACCUCUGCCAGGUGCUUUGUGACGACGAAUAGAAUAACUCAUUUAAAAUUAAGAAUUGCUUUAGUUUAUAAGCAGAUAAAUAAUUAAACCAAUGAAAUAAGUUUUGUAAUUGUAAA